AUGCCCUGUCUGCCUCUCAUUCCCGCUCGAAGCCACCACGCGGUCAACACGGGCCAUCGUGGCUACCGAGGCAAGUACGCCGAAAACUCCAUCCAUGGGUUCAACGAGGCGGUCAAGGACGGCGCCAAGGCCAUUGAGAUGGACAUUCAGGUGUCCAAGGACGACGUGGUUGUUGUCUCCCACGACGAAAACACGGAACGAUGCUUCAACAAGGCCUACGAUAUCACCCAUACUGAUUUCAAUGGCGUCUUGGACCAGUUGACCAUGAAGGAGGCCCCUCACGAGAAGAUGCCGACUUUUGUCGACGUUGCCAAACUCUUCACCACCAAGGAAUACGAUGGCAUUGUGCUCAUGGUCGACAUUAAGCGAACCAACCACACGUCCGUCGUGGAAAAGGUUGUGCGAGAUCUCAAGACCAUCAACCCUGACUUGGACUUUUGGGCUGCUCGAGUGACUCUCGGUAUCUGGAAAGCCGAAUUCCUGGAGCCCUGCAAGCUGCAUGCCCCCCAGUUCGACCUCACCCACAUUGGAAUCUCCCAGGGCUACGUCUCCGAGUUCCUCAAGAGCGACCAGGUCAAGGCCAUUUCACUGUGCCAUCUGUCGUACACGGCUGCUGGAGGAGACGCGGUUCUGCGACAGAUCAAGGAGGCCGGAAAACUGGUUUACUCCUGGACCAUCAACGAAGAGUACAUCAUGAACUGGGCCAUUGCGGCUGACAUUGACGGAGUCAUCACCGAUUACGUGUCCAAGUACGCCGAGGUCCAGGCCAAGCCCAUCGAGACCUUCAACGUGGACAACCCCAUGUCCUACUUCAGCUGGUCUGAUUGGAUUUCUGUCACUCCCAAGUAUUUGGCUCUCAACGCCGCCUUCGCCGUCGACUGGAGACGAGAGAACGCCAAGAUUAUGAGCAACUUCAAGUCCUUGUAG